AUGCCAUCUUCUGAAUCCUCGACAUAUGUCGAAUCGUUCUUACGAGGUUUGCAUUGUCAAGAAUACCUUCCUGCCUUCCAAGAAUGUGACAUAACGACUAAAGAUGAUUUGAUCCAUUUAGAUAAAUCCAUCCUGAUAGUCUUAGGAAUCAACAAGAUUGGUGAUAGGCUUCGUAUAUUAAAGAAAAUAAGGACGUUGAAACCAGCUGAAUCAAUUUCCACGACAUCAACUGCCGCACAGCUAGAUGCACAAUUCAAUGAGUUAUUGAACAAAUUUGAAUCAUUGUCUCCACAGUUAUUAUCUUCAAUAACACCAUCUUCGUAUUAUUCAACCGUUGCUUCUAGAAAAGGUAAUAAAGAUGAUGAAAUAGGGCUAUCGAUUAAUGAUAAACAUCAUGUCAUAUUUAUACUGAAUGAUGGAUCUGCAAUGAAAGUUAAUGUAAAUGGCUGUUUCAAUGCUGAUUCCAUUAAGAAACGACUAAUUAAGAAACUCAUACAGCAUCAACGGAAUUUGGCUACUAACCGCAAGACGAAAAAUGCGCAAGAUUAUGAUAUCUUUGUCGUCGAUUAUAAUAAAAAUGUAUUACACCUCCUAUAUGAUGUGGAAUUAGUCACUAUAUGCCAUUCUCCUGAUAGAUUAGAUAAAAACAGAUUAAUAUUUGUUGCAAAGGAUCAAACUCCAAGCGAUCAAGCAAUUCAAACAUCCAAAAAACUAUACUUAAAAACAAUGAAUUCGUUCAGCGGUAAAUCUAACUCUUCUCACACUUCAUCCACCGCAUCUGCUGUUGCUGCUGAUGUUUCAAAAUUUUCUUCCACUUCUUCAUCGUCAAGAAUGAGCGUUGAUAAUGACGAUGAUAAGGGCAAAAUACGUAAAAUAUUUAAUCAAAGACCACCAAGUGAAUUGAUCUCCACAAAUUUAUCAAAUUAUUUCCCCAACACAAAUAUGACAAGAUUGAAGAAAACUAUAAGAGAUUCAUAUCGUCAAUCAGUUAGAUUAAGCACGGCAUCCUCAAAUGCAGCAUAUUUACAUAGUCAUGAUCCGAAUAAUAUUGGUGAUAUAUUACUGAAAAGAGCCAAUGCUAUUGAUAGGGCAUUGUUACAAAGUAUUAGUCAAAAUUCAUCUCGUGUUCCAGUUCCACGCUCUUCCCUUGAUCCCAGAAAGGGUAAAUCAAUACUGUCUAAUAAGGGUCAUGGAGCGUCUGAUGUUUCCCUCGAUCGUAUUCGAUUAAUGAGUUCAGAGGAGGAAGAUAAUGAUGAUGAUUAUUAUGAUGAUGAUGACAAUACUGAGAUAAGACAACCUGAUCUAGUAUCAUUACCAACGAAAGUGGUUACACCUAAAUCAUGGCUAAAGGGGGCACGAAUUGGUUCAGGAAGUUUUGGUACAGUUUACCUUGGUAUGGAUGCGGCUACUGGUGAAUUAAUGGCUGUGAAACAAGUUGAAAUUAAACCUUUAGUAGUUACAGUUACGACGGGUGUACAAUUACAAUCACAAUCUGAUGAUAAGAUAUCAAAAGAUACGAAACAGCAGCAGCAGCAAGAAAAUAAUCAAUCAGAUAUUCAUAAGAAGAUGGUUGAUGCUUUACAACACGAAAUGAAUUUAUUGAAAGAAUUACAUCAUGAAAAUAUUGUUACAUAUUAUGGAUCAUCCCAAGAGAAUGGAAAUUUAAAUAUUUUCUUGGAAUACGUUCCUGGUGGAUCAAUCUCUACGAUGUUAAAUAAUUAUGGACCUUUUGAAGAAUCAUUAAUUAUUAAUUUUAUUAGACAAGUGUUAAUAGGUGUUGCAUAUUUACAUCGUAAGAAUAUUAUUCAUCGAGACAUUAAAGGUGCUAAUAUCUUAAUUGAUACAAAAGGAUGCGUCAAGAUUACAGAUUUUGGUAUUUCAAAGAAAUUAUCAUCAUCGUCGUCGUCUACAUCCUCCUCAUCGCAUGAUAAGAAUAGUAAUAAUAAUAACAAGAGGGCAUCGUUACAAGGAUCAGUUUAUUGGAUGGCACCAGAAGUGGUGAAGCAAACUGUCACUACAACAAAAGUUGACAUUUGGUCUACAGGGUGUGUUAUCAUUGAAAUGUUUACAGGUAAACAUCCAUUUCCUGAUUUCUCACAAAUGCAAACUAUUUUCAAGAUUGGUACGAAUACAACACCUGAAAUUCCAUCAUGGGCUACUGAAGAAGGGAAAGAUUUCUUAAGGAAAACUUUUGAAAUUGAUUACAAGAAGAGACCGGAUGCUAUUGAAUUAUUACAACAUCCUUGGGUAGACUCCUUAAAUCUUUAA